AGAAGGGGACUCAGGAGAAUAGAGCAAGGAUAUGGCCCUGAACAAUGUAGAAGACCCAUGGGAAGACCAUGGCCCUGGUGGAGUGGGAUAGGAGACGGCCAGCUGUCUGCAGUCCCAGGGAGCUGCAAGAAUCCCCGAGCCACAAUCAGCAUUUAGAAUGUGGAAGAUACUGAAACAUCAUCUUUGAGUCCUCCUUGGCUCUUCCUUCACAUCACUGGCAGAGACAUGUUUCUAAGACAUGCACCUGGUCAUCCUGAGAUGUGGUCAUGCCAGCCAGACUUAUCCAAACCCUGGUGGGUUUACACAGCACAUCAGCAAAGGCCCGUCAGUGCAAGAGACUUACUCAACUUACGUUAAGACCACUCAUGAGACUUGAAAGCACAGCGUGCCGCCACAUCCUGAAAAUAGAGCAUCAUGUAGAUUCAGGCUUCCCUAGUGUAGCAGCUGAUAGUCUGAGUAAGCCGAAGGUCCCAGAAAUGAGCUGCAUAAUAGCACACACAAGCAGACUCUUUCCAUUAAAUGCUGUCCUUUCUUGGGAUGGAAGAGUACACCUGCCGGUCUUGUAUGCCUUUGGGACUAAUAGGAACGUGACCCACAAACCAAAUCUCUUGUGUUCUAAGUGGUUUAUAAAAACAGUAAGAAGGCAUUACUCGUCUGUACCAACUGAAGAGCUUGUUCCUAAACAAGACCUUCCACAGAUCAAGAGGCCCCUGAAAGCAUCCCGGACCCGGCAGCCCUCCAGGACCAACCUUCCCGAUCCGUCUGUGAAUGAGGACCUGAUGCAGUGCACAGCCUUCGCCACAGCAGAUGAGUAUCACCUGGGAAGUCUGUCUCAAGAGCUGGUCUCCUGUGGCUAUGUGGAAGUGACAAGCCUGCCCAGAGAUGCGGCAAAUAUUUUGGUGAUGGGUGUGGAAAAUUCUGCAAAAGAAGGUGAUCCCGGAACAAUCUUCUUGUUCAGGGAAGGAGUCGCUGUAUUCUGGAACGUAAAAGACAAAACUGUGAAGCAUGUGAUGCAAAUCCUGGAGAGACACGAAACCCAGCCCUACGAAGUGGCUCUGGUGCACUGGGAAAACGAAGAGCUCAACUACACGAAAACAGAGGGACAAUCUAAGCUGCACAGAGGGGAAAUCAAACUAAAUUCUGAGCUGGACUUAGAUGACACCAUUCUAGAAAAAUUUGCCUUCUCCAAUGCCCUUUGCCUCUCAGUGAAACUGGCUAUUUGGGAAGCAACACUAGACAAAUUUGUUGAGUCUAUCCAGUCGAUUCCAGAGGCGUUGAAAGCUGGGAAGAAAGUCAAACUGUCUCAUAAAGAAGUUAUGCAGAAAAUGGGUGAGCUCUUUGCCCUCAGGCACCGUAUAAACUUGAGUUCAGACUUCUUGAUCACCCCCGACUUUUACUGGGACAGAGCAAACCUGGAGGAGCUUUAUGAUAAGACCUGCCAGUUCCUGAGCAUCACUCGGAGAGUUAAGGUCAUGAAUGAAAAACUUCAACACUGCAUGGAACUAACAGACCUAAUGCGGAAUCACCUGAAUGAGAAGCGGGCACUCCGUCUGGAGUGGAUGAUCGUCAUCCUCAUCACCAUCGAGGUCAGAGCAGCUCUGUGCGCUGUGCCAAACACUAGGUUACAAAGGCAUUUCAUUGUAAUGUUCGAGUUGGGAAGAGUCUUUUUCUGAUGUUGUGACAGUAAAAGCACCACUGAAAAGAUACUUCAACCUUGGAAACCAAGAACCGUCCCUGGGGUGGGACACAUCUGUAAUCCCGGCACUCUGGACACUGAAGCAGGAAGGUCAUGAGUUCCAGACUAGCCUUACCUACACAGGAAACCUGGUUGACUGCAGUGGUGACCACCAACCCCAGUACUUGGAAAGACUGCCCAAGUUUGAGGCCAACUGUAACAUGGCAGGACUGUCUCAGAAUAAAUCAAGCAGAAAUGUCA